GGGGUGGCGGGCGGGCGAGGAGGGUUACGAGGCGGCGGGUGAAUACCCUCCUCGUCACGUACGGGAUCAUUAGUUGGAUAUCCUUGGUCCCGUUGGCCAACCCUAUCCGAUAGCGGUGAUCCUCGUGCUUGACAUCAUUAUCCUUGGAUGCUGCGGAGCGCCAACGCGGUCCCAUCAUACUUCGUCGCAGGCGUCUUCGUAGUUCAGUCUUUUCGAUACUGCUACGUUUUCUUCUCGCGCUUUUGCCACUUCUUCAUUUUGGUUUCGUUUGUAUUUAUCCAUCAACAUAUCUUGGCAAUCCAAGCAACUUACAGUUAUUCAAUUUAUUCGCGAAAAUUGUGACAGUGUGCAAAUUUGUUUGCAAUAUGAUAAUACUUAAUCGAUAAUAAACACGUUUGGGAUGGUGAUUUAAUGACCUUCGACUUCAACAUUGUGAAUUGCGAAGAAUUGUGGAUAAGUUAAUGUGGCUAAAAGAUGGCACAAUCCGUUUAAUUAAAAAUACGUGAUGAAUUAAUUUCUGAUCUAAUAACUCUGAUAGUGACGAAUAGAAUUGAUGACUAUGGUGAAGAAGAAAAACUGACUGGAUAUACUUUUAGCUGAUCAUCGUUUCUGUGAAAAGAAUUAGUGAUAAGUGUUUAUAAUCAAAUAACAUAACAUUCUGAAGAAAUUUGAAUGUUUUUUCAAUGUAAUUCUUUAUCGUAUUUGAUUGUUUUCUUUAUAAAUAAAUUAAUAAUUUUUUAAAUAACAAAAAAUCUAAUAUCAAUCAUUUUCCAACGGUUGUACAAUUGGACAGUUUUAUCCACAGUGUCAGGGAAAUAUUGAGUUAAAAUAAAUUUCAAGAGCAUUUCAAGAUGGAAACGAGUGAUCCGUCGGGUAGACUAACGGCGGAAGAUUUAUCGGAUUGUAUAAGUGAUAGCAGCCAUUCGGAAUCUCAAUUAAGAGCAUUUCAAAGUUAUGAGCGCAUCAAGGAGCUGAACCUGUCAAUUGAUAAAACUAAAGAAGAUACAUCGACGGAACCGAAGGAUUUUCAUCUUAGCCUUGAAAGCAGCGAUAGGACGUCUCUUCGAUUCAAUGAGUUUCCAUGCGAAAAUUCAACAAGAAAUCUCACUAUGACGUUGAAUAAGGCCAAGGAUUUCGGUUAUUCUAAUAAUUUGACCGAGAUUAAUUAUCCAUUGGAUAGACCGAACGAGAAUGAGGAAUCGACUGAUGCCGCAACGCUUUGCAGAUCAAAAAAUUCCAGCGCCAAAAACGUCCUAUUUAAUCUGCGUGAGACCAAGCAAAGGAGUCCUCAUACGUCGUUAGCUUCCUUAGACAGGUACAACAAAGAUCUCAAUUUCGCAGUGGAAAAGGAAAUGAAGGAUUUCAGUCUACUUAAGAACUACAAUCUCGAUCGCAUGAAGGAGUUCAAUUUUUCUCUCGAUAGAAUGAGGGACACCCACAUUAGUAGUCUGGCUCUCGAAAGAUUGCGUGGUGGUGCUGGUUUACUGGAAAAUUCGAGCAUGCUGGAUCACAAGGAAUUCAGGAACUUGCAGGUACAACCGAGGAAUCCAGAUCUCGAAGCCAUAGCUUUGGAGCGCAUGAGACGCUCGCAUUUGCUUGGUACGGAAUUAUCCGCGCAAAACUUGUCGACGCAAGUACCGCAUUCUCAUUCGAUUACGCAUAUGCAACACUCUCAACAACAACAGCAGCAACAAGCGAAGUCCUUCACCAUCGACGCGAUCCUAGGCCUAAGGAACAAUCAGCGAGAAAAACGGAGUCAGCAGCAACAAUACAGAAAACAUCAAGGUCAGGAAAGCUCGACAAAGAACGGCAGUUCGAGUUCCAGUUCUGGUGGAGGCGGCAAAGUGAAGAGGGUGCGAACAAUUUUCACGGCGGAACAAUUGGAACGUCUGGAGGGUGAAUUUGCACGUCAACAAUACAUGGUGGGCCCCGAAAGAUUAUAUUUAGCUCACGCACUUCGACUGACCGAGGCCCAAGUCAAGGUCUGGUUCCAGAAUCGUCGCAUAAAGUGGCGAAAGUUGCAUCACGAGCAACAGAGCCAGAGAGUACAUGAGUUUCAGCGUACUUUGAACUCUUCGUUGGAGCACGAAGACAGCAACGAAACCGACAAAUGGUGAAACAGAAAAUCACGAUCUAUACGCUCCUAGAUCGUGACUGUCACCUCAUUCCUUCUUCCUUAACUACGCCGCUCUAUCCUUUUUAUUUCGAUGUCUUAGGAAGCCGAGAAGUUAUUCCACGCGGAUGUAGUUGCAGACGAGAUUUCGAAUGUGCAAUUGUCAAUCUCCUGAAGAAGUAUCAUUUUUUUGUAACUUCUUAAAGUAUUCACGCGCGUCGCACCUUUCUUUCUUCACUCUCAUCUCUACGCUAGUCAUCUUGCCAGCUCUUAAUAUCGCACCACAAAAUUCGAGCGUUCUUUGAAGAAAUUGUAUAUGGAUUGCAAAUCGUAACGAAGAGAAUUGUGUAUUGCAAAAAGAAAUUAAUAUUAUUAAUUGUGUCAAAGUGAGUUUCUUAUUUCUCAGAAACAUUUCUUUUAUACCUUAGCUUUAAAUUGCCAAAAAUAAAUCAAUACA